GAUUAAAAUAAGAUUAAAAACAGGAUGGAUAUUAAUCCUUUAUUGAAAUACUGUGCAAUAACUUCUCGCUCAUCUUGAAGACUACACUCGCCCGAAACUGUUUUUAUUAUUCCUCAGACAAAUCUACUAAAGUACAUGACGUCACUUCCGCCCAAAACAACGAACGUCAAACAUGACAACAGAGCGCGACAAGUUGAGGCGGAGCUCUAAGCAAAAAUCUUUUUAAUGCGUAUUAUUUUAUAAUUAAUAAGCGUUUAUUUUAACACUUCUCCCUGUUGAAAAGUCUUUAUUUUAGAAAAGAGUGAUCUUAAUUAAAUUUUGAUUUUGUUACGCUUGAUGAUAAACGUUUUUAAAAUAGAAAUGUGGGCGUGGUUAGAGGGAGGAGGAGGCGUGGCAGAGUGGAUUAAAGCUGAUCUCAGAGUCUUAGUACAGAGGGUUUCAGUGUACAGCGGAGUUUGUGGAGCUUAAACACCGGCGUUUCUGCUGGAAAUGCGCUUUUCAUUUGAUUACAGAGUGUGAAGGACAUUUUCGCUCCAUAACGGAUCAGACCAGCGUUGUUGUUUCGUCGCGGCGGCGGUAGAACUAAUCCAUAACAACACACAGGUCUGCAGAUGGGUCAGGGCCUGUGGAGGGUGGCUAGGAAUCAGCAGCUGCAGCAGGAGUACAGCGAGCAGUGUUACCUCCAGCGCAGCGAGCGUCGUCGCAGGAUGGCGGCGCUGCUGAGCGAGACGCCGACACAGUCGCGCCGCACGGCGCAGUGUCACGCCGACCUCGGGCACCUGCUGCGCGCACGCAAGAGGCAAGAGGAGCAGGGCUUCAUCGACCUGGACAUGCUGCCCCCAGAGCUCAGCAUCACCAUCCUGUCCUACCUGAACGCCACCGACCUGUGCCUGGCCUCCUGCGUGUGGCAAGACCUGGGCAACGACGAGUACCUGUGGCAGGGCUUGUGCAAGUCCACUUGGGGUCACUGUUCCAUCUACAACCGGCUCCUUCCCCCCGGCUUCUCCUACAGAAAACUCUACAUGCAGCUCGACGAAGGAAGUUUGACGUUCAACGCUAACCCUCAGGAGGGUAUCACUUACCUCAUGUCCAAAAGCAUUCUCGUGGACCAUCCAAAGGAAAUCGCCAAGUUCAUAUUCUACACCAGAAUGUUGAAUUGGAAGAUGCUGCGUAUUUAUCUCGAUGAACGCCGCGACGUGCUUGACGAGCUGGUCACACUACACAACUUCAGUAACCAGUUCCUCCCCAACGCGCUGAGGGAUUUCUUCAGACACAUUCACGCGCCCGAGGAGCGCGGCGAGUACCUGGAGACGCUCAUCACCAAGUUCUCACACCGUUUCUGUGCCUGUAACCCCACGCUGGUGAGGGACGUCGGCCUCACGCCUGAUGCCGUGAACGUGCUGUGCUACUCGCUCAUCCUGCUCUCCAUCGACCUGAGCAGCCCACACGUGAAGAACAAGAUGUCCAAGCGCGAGUUCAUCCGCAACACGCGCCGCGCCGCACAGAACAUCAGCGAGGACUUUGUGGGUCACCUGUAUGACAACAUCUAUCUGGUCGGCCACGUGGCUGCCUAGCAGAUCAUAUGCGCACGCACACGGGCACGGGCCAAUAAAACACUCAGCUACGGCACUGACGCGCGUUCUGCUAAUACUAAGGGAUGCGAAGAUGGAGAGACAUCCUAACACUGAGGUCUAGAGGUGUUCAUUAGGAUAGUGUAGAGAAUGCUAGACAGCGGCCUACACACUCACACACACACACACACACACACACACGACGUGGGUUGCCUUAAACAACCCGAGGCAGAAAAGGGUAGCGACACACUCGCAGCUUAAAAAUCGCAGAGCCAUGUAGCCACACGAACCUAAAUGCAGCCGUGUCAUUACAAGUCCAUGAGCGUCCGUUUCGAUCUCCGAACUUUUAAACCUGACCUGCUUUAAGUCUGCUCGCUCCUGAUUAUUACAUUUUGUCUGUUUAUGAAGCCACAGUCUGCGAGCGAGAUGACUUUUCCACUCUGUCUGCUCUCUGCAUCCAUUCCCUCUUUUCUUAGCAUCCGUCGAAUCCAAAGCGAAAAAAAAAAAAAAUCUGGUUCGAUCCGGAUUGAAACGAAGGGCCUUUGAGUGAGAUAUAUAUUUAUUUUCUUCCCGUGAUGAUGAUGAGCGAAACACCAACGUUAAUCAUUACAUAAUCUGAAAAAAACGGCUUGAUGUUAUUGCACUCAGUCCAUUGACGGACUCUCAGCUCGAAUAACUGCAGCAUGAAGCGAUUUAUAACGGAGACGUAUCGAGAUUCCGGACGUGAUUCCGACACGGAUAUGAAGAUUCGUGAUCACGCCGCCAGAGUUCACCGGGUCCGAGCUCGUCAUCCGCGUUACUCCUCCGGGUUCUCCGGUUUCCUCCCGACGUUAAAUCACGCCUGGGCGCGAACACCCGUGCGCGCUGGCGUCCGAUCCGGGCCGCGUUCCCGCCUCGCGUCCGAGAUCGACUCCGGAUCCGAGCUCUUACUGAAGAUCCCUUUAUCCUAAAUGUAGCUGGAAGUCACUCCUUUUGACUUCCGUUCGUUUGUAAGCUCGUCCGAGUCUGACGGACGGACUCACGAUUCCGCUUCAGCUGUCUAACACCAGUGUGCGUUUGUGUGUGCGCACUUCCUUCGCGUCCUAACGAGCCGUGGAUGAGACCGGAACGCCUCGGCCCCUCCGCUGCCUGUAUAAUCUCUCUCGCUGCUUCUGCGAAUCUCAUACACUGCUACCGUUCGAUCGAUCAAGAAGCACUUUAACCCAAGGAGAUGUUUCUAUUUGGAGUACUAUUAUUAUAUAAUAUUCUAACCGCUCCUUUCUUUCUAACUUUGGGGGUUUAUGCACAUUUGAAGGAGCUCCACAGUCGUGCCAAUAGCAAUGCUGAACAUGCGUGUACACUGAUGUAACAUCAUUCGCGUUAUAUAGUGUAACGAUAACGGAUAUGAAUAAUACGACUUGUUUUAUUUGCACAUCUUGUACAUAUUUAAGUAUAGAAGUUUAUACAGAAAUAUAAUUUUAUUUUUAAAAUAUUUUAGCUAAUUUUUCUGGAUGGCUUUUUUUUUUUCUUCUUUCUUUCUUUCUUUUCUUUCCCUUAUUUGAUAGGGUGAAUUUUCUCUUUUUGCACUUGUGAAAUUUUUGCCACGUCUCUCUCUCUCUCUCUCUCUCUCUCUCUCUCUC